UCCACAUCUCCAUCCCUCAGCCAAAUCGCUCGCGCUUCUGGAGCGUGGUCGUUCUUUUUGAUCACACCAUUCUGCACGAUCGCCAACACUAACCUCGUGCUCUGAGCUCUGAACGCCACCAUGGCGCCGUCUGCAGACACAGCGAAUGCCAGCAAUCACAUCCAAACGGGAUCAGUCGCCACCAAGCGGUCUCGUCGGAUUGCGGAUGAGGACACGGAGAUGAUGACGUACGGAGACACCUCCGAGGAGGAGGACUACGACAGCAAGAGGUAUAUACCUGCGGCCAAGCGAAGGCAGAUGGAGCUGCAACGCAUUGCAGGUUUGGGCAAGUCAAACGGUGACGGGGCUAGUGCCAGUACUCAGAAAAGGCAAACAGGCGAGGGCUCUGACCCCGAAGACAACGAAGAUGUUGGCGUAAGACAAAGCAAAACUGCUCUUCUGCAUGCCGCACGCGAGCUGAGGGAGCGCGAAGCAAAGGAGAAAAAGUCGGAGGCCGAGAAGCAAGCGGAGGAGGAAAGAAAGAUCCUGGAGGCUCACGCUGCUAGGCGGAAGCUGGCUUCCGAUAUGGAGCUGGCAAAGGGCAUAAGCUACACCGAACCCAUCAAGACCAGCUGGACUGCACCAAGAUUUGUGAGAGAGAGGACAGAAGAGGAGAAUGCGCGGCUGAGGGAAGAGAAUCAUGUAGAUGCAGACGGUUUGCACGUGCCACCGCUCAUCACAAAUUUCAGGGACAUGAAAAUACCGGCUCCUCUGAUCGCCUAUCUCGAAAGCAAAGGCAUCAAGAAACCCACUCCAAUUCAGAUGCAAGGUCUGCCUACAGCGUUUGCAGGGCGGGACAUGAUAGGCAUCGCAUUUACUGGUUCUGGAAAGACGCUCGCCUUUAGUCUGCCCAUCGUCAUGUUUUCGCUAGAGGAACAAAAGAAGUUGCCGUACAUCCGCGGCGAAGGUCCUCUUGGCAUGAUCGUUUGCCCAUCCCGAGAGCUGGCGAGGCAAACUUUUGACGGUCUCAAGGCAAUGGCUGAGGUGCUAGCUCAGAGCGGAUACCCCGAGAUUGGCGUAUUGCUCUGCAUAGGCGGUAUCAGUAUGGCUGAACAAGGUCACACUCUGAACAAAGGCUUCCACAUUGUCGUCGCGACACCCGGUAGGCUGCAAGACAUGCUGGAGAAGAAAAAAUUUACGCUGGAGUGCUGCAAGUAUCUAUGCCUGGACGAAGCAGAUCGGAUGAUUGACAUGGGCUUCGAAGAGGAUGUCAGGAACAUCAUGAGCUUUUUCAAGCAACAAAGGCAAACCUUGCUUUUUUCUGCGACGAUGCCAAAGAAAAUUCAAGACUUUGCUGAGCAAUCGCUGAUACAACCAGUGGUCGUCAACGUUGGCCGAGCCGGUGCAGCGAAUUUGGACAUCAUUCAAGAAGUGGAGUACGUCAAGCAAGAAGCCAAGAUGGUCUACCUGCUCGAAUGUCUCCAAAAGACGGCGCCACCAGUCGUCGUCUUCUCGGACAACAAGAACGAAGUCGAUGACAUACAAGAGUACCUGCUGCUCAAAGGUGUAGAGGCAGUUGCCAUUCACGGCAGCAAAACGCAAGACGAGCGAGAAUAUGCGAUCAAAAGCUUCAAGAGCGGCAAAAAGGACGUGAUGGUUGCGAGUGGUGUCGCGAGCAAGGGUCUCGAUUUCAACGAGAUUCAACACGUCAUCAACUACACCAUGCCUAAUCUUGAGGACUACGUACAUCAAAUCGGUCGUACGGGUCGUAGCGGCAAGACUGGUAUAGCCACGACCUUUGUCAAUAUGAACACAAACGAGCAGACGCUUCUAGAUCUCAAGUAUCUUCUAAUGGAAGCCAAGCAGCGCAUACCCCCAUUCCUGGCAGCCAUCGAAGACCCAAGGGCUAUGGGUGCUGGAGGCAAGCUCACCGGCUGUGCAGUCUGUGGCGGUCUUGGACACAGUGUCAAGGACUGUCCGAAGCUGGAGGAGAACCAGAAGCGACAGACUGCUGGCUUCUCCCGAGGAGACGGUGGUGGAGGCUACUGAUGUUACAAUCUGUACUCGUCUUCGACUUUGUACUUUUACUAGCAUGCAACAGCUCCACACUCAUGAUCAUCAGGGCCGCGUGUACUAGUACCUUGCGUGACAACCGUCAAUCAC